AUGAAGUUUGGCCAUACUUUGAAAACCUCAUUGAAUCCAGAAUGGACACAAUUCUAUCUAGAAUAUGAUGGGCUAAAGACCAUCUUGAAAAAGAAACUUCCUUAUGCUGAAUGGCAAGAAGAAGACGAGUCCAAGUUUGUUGAAAAGCUCGAGAAAGAAUUGGCCAAGGUCUACAAUUUUCAAAAGGUCAAAUUAUCUGAAAUCACAAAGCACAUUCAACAAGAAACACAGGAGGUGCAUGCCUUGUGCGAGAAGGAGCAUCCUGAAGAAGACGAUUUCACUGCUUGCGAGGUUGAAUUGAGUCAGAUUAUUGCUGAUGUGCAUGAUUUAGCCAAGUUCACUCGCUUGAAUUACACUGGUUUCCUCAAGAUUAUCAAAAAGCAUGAUAAAGUAACCAAUUGGAUCAUCAAACCAAUGUUCAGUGCAAGAUUGAACGCCAAGCCAUUCUACAUGGAAAACUACGAGGCUUUGAUCAUUCGCAUCUCCACAUUAUACGACCGUGUCAGAACUCGUGGCAAAGAGCGUGGUGGCGACUCUGGUGCUGGUGGCAAGCAAUCUGCCUUUGUCAGAAAUACAACAAAAUACUGGGUGCACCCGGAUAACAUCACUGAACUCAAACUGAUCAUUCUUAAACAUCUGCCUGUGCUUGUAUUCAACCCCAACAAGGAGUUUGAAGCAUCCGAUUCAGCCAUCAGCAGUGUCUAUUACGACAACGAUGAUUUCGAGUUGUACAUGGGACGGUUGGAAAAGACAGAAGGUGCAGAGGCCAUCCGUAUGCGAUGGUAUGGUGGUAUGGAUACAAACACUAUUUUCGUGGAGCGCAAGACACAUCAUGAGGACUGGACGGGCGAGAAAUCAGUCAAAGCAAGAUUCCCAAUCAAAGAAAAGUAUCUCAAUGCCUACUUGAAAGGAGAGUAUACCACAGACGAGCUGUUUUCAAAGAUGAAGGAGCAGGGCAACAAAUCCGAGAAAGAGAUUGAAGAUAUGGAGCAACUGGCGCAGGAGGUGCAGUAUUCAGUGCUUACUCGCAAGCUCCAUCCCAUGAUGCGAACUUUCUACAAUCGUACCGCUUUUCAACUGCCUGGCGAUGCGCGUGUUAGAAUCAGUCUUGACACAGAGCUCUCCUUGAUUCGCGAAGACAACAACGGGGCAGUGAGAUCAGGCGAUAAUUGGCGUCGCAUGGAUAUUGGUGUGGAUUACCCAUUCAAGCAAUUGCCUGACAACGACAUUUGCCGAUUUCCAUAUGCUGUGUUGGAGGUCAAGCUGCAGACGCAGUUUGGCCAGGAACCUCCACAAUGGAUUACAGAGCUUGUCAACUCACAUCUGGUUGAAUCCGUGCCUAAAUUCUCCAAGUUCAUCCAUGGUUGUGCCACCCUGUUAGAAGACAAGAUCAACGUACUACCAUUCUGGCUGCCACAAAUGGAGAUUGAUAUUCGCAAGCCUGAAACAGGCGCUUUUGGUGUUAAAAGACCCGAUGUUAUUCAUAGCAGUUCUACUUCCUUUGAUUCUGCACAAGGCAUCACUGAUGGAUCCAAGUUAACCACAGACCACAGUGUCCAAAUCACAAUGGCAGAAGCUACAGAGAGUACGCCUCUUUUACCACCUCGCCCUGGAACAGCAAGACAUGCUGAUGAAGAAGAAGGGUCCAGCAUGUUGAAAAAGUUAUCGCCUGCUGGUCUUCAAACAGUGUUCAAUAAAUCAAAGACCCUCUUUCGAAGAAAGAAUGCACGACAUCAACGACAGCCAUCUCACACUCGCUCUCGUGCUGUACCAGUAGCUGCACCGCCUGCCAAGACUUUCUUUGCUAAUGAACGUACAUUCUUAUCUUGGCUGCGAUUCACUUUGUUACUGGGUGCCCUGUCCAUUGGGCUGUUGAACUUUUCAGAUCAUGUAGGGCGUGUUUCAGCUGUUAUCUUCACCAUGUUGGCAGUCGGUGUCAUGAUUUACGCCUUGUACAAUUACCAUGUGCGUGCAAAUUGCAUUGCUCGUAAAGAAGUGGGUGAUUUCUCUGACAAAUAUGGACCUGCCGUGUUGACUACAUUCAUGGUGAUUGCGGUAUCCAUCAAUUUCUAUCUUCGUUUAAAUUCAGAAGGAAUGCAGUAA